UUUCACCUUUCAGGGUUAGGCUGUUUGAUGGUGCCGGAUCAACUCUGAUCAAGACACUUCUCUCAGCAACUUGUUAAGAACCUUCUCACUAUUCUGGUGGUCCACAAGAUGACCUCCUUUUGUGCCUCUCCGAUUAGCUUUUCAUCUAGUUCCAGCUUAAUGGUGUUUUCGAAAAGAUGUGCCUCCACUAAUCCGUUUGUGGUUAUGACGAGGGGUAGGAUUGAUGUAGAGUAUCACAAUAUCCGGCCGGUUGUGCGCAAUGGGUCUGUCAGUGACGAGUGGAUGGUCCCAAUACAGUUUCAUCUCCUCAUUUUCCAGUAUUUCUUUAGGGCGAUGGCUUGGUGGUAUGCCUUUGCCAUGGCAUUGUGGCGGUCCGUGUAUUCCCUUGGAGCGAGGAUGGGGCAGGAUGACGUGACGUGUUGGAUUGUUUCAGUCGCCUGGGAGCAUUUGCGGCAUUUGUCAUUAGGGCGGUGGGGUAUCUUCCAUGGAGAGCUUUGCCGUGCCAUAUUUCGGAUAGUUCUUCGAUGCUUUUAGGUUCAAUGGGAUGGUUGCUUGAUGCCAGAUUUAAUGCUGUGAUGUUGUUGUCUUCAUCAGAUAUGGCUUUGAAAAAAGGUGAGUUUUUUGAUCUGAAGUAUUCUCUCAUCUCGCGUACUACUCGGUGGUGUGUGGAUUCAAUGUUUUGCAGUCCCCUUCCUCCAUCUUGUCUGGGCACGUAUAAUCUGUUCACAGAAGCGUGGGGGUGGUGCAUGCCAUAUUUUGUCAGUGAUACUCUUAUUUGUGUGUCGAUGGCCCUGAGGUCUGUGACGGACCAUUUUAUUAUUCCGAACGAGUAAGAUAAGCAAGGAAUAGCCCAUGUGCUGAUAGCUGUAAAUGUUGAUUUAGCAUUUAAUUUGCUUUUCAGUAUCAUUUUCAGCCUUUCCAUGAACUUGUUUCUGAAAGUUGUUUUGGCUUCAGUAUUCCUUAUUUCUAGCCCUUGUUGGAUGCCUAGGUAUUUAUAGGAUUCAUCUGGCCCUAGUCUUUGAAUUCUUAGUUCGU